AAACUAUGUACAAAAAGAGAAUUUUCUAGUUUUAUCGAGAAACCUAUAGAAUAAAACAAUUACCUCAUUUUGUAUUACAACCGUGCCUGCUUAUUUAUUAGUAGAAUAGAAAGUAGAAAUAUAACAAACAUUUAAUUAAAGUACAAACAAUGGUGGACUACAGCAAAUGGAAAGAUAUAGAGAUUUCUGACGAUGAAGAUGAAACUCAUCCGAAUAUCGAUACGCCGUCGUUAUUUAGGUGGCGGCAUCAGGCCCGAGUAGAACGCAUGGAAGAGCGUCGAAAGGAGAAACAGGAACAUGAACAAAGAAAGACUGAAAACAUUAGAAGGUUGGCAGAAAUCAGAAGGAAAAUAACUGAGAAUACCGAAGGACCCAACUUGGACACCUUGAAGAAGGAACUUGCUCAAUUGGAAAAAGAAGAAAAAGAAAUCAAAAAGAAAGAUGAAGACCUAAAUAAGAAAGACAAGUUAACACCUUGGAAUGUGGAUACAAUAAGUGAACCAGGGUUCACUAAAACUGUUAUAAACUCUAAACCUGUCAGAGCCAAAGAUGAAGGCUUAAGUGAUGAAGAGAAAGAGGCCAAAAUGAAGAAAUUCAUUAAAGAGAAUGAAAAACUAUUGAAGCAAUACGGCAUGCUGAGAAAAUAUGAAGAUUCUAAGAAAUUUUUGCAAGAACAUAAUCAUUUAGUGUGUGAGGAAACUGCUAACUACCUUGUCAUAUGGUGCAUUAACUUGGAAAUGGAAGAGAAACAUGAACUCAUGGCGCAUGUGUCUCAUCAAGUGAUCUGUAUGCAGUACAUGUUGGAACUUUCCAAGCAACUGGAUGUAGAUCCAAGAGCUUGUAUUAGCUCAUUCUUCAGCAGAAUUCAAGAAACUGAAAAAACAUACAAAGAUUCAUUUGAUGAUGAACUGGAACAGUUCAAAGCUAGGAUCCGAAAACGGGCUGCAGAAAAGAUACAGGAAGCUAUCCGUGAGGCAGAGGAGGAGGAGAGAAAGGCAAGGCUUGGUCCAGGUGGUUUGGAUCCAAUUGAGGUCUUAGAAGAGCUUCCACCAGAACUGAAAGAAUGCUUCGAAAAGAAAGACAUCCCAUUACUACAGGCUACCAUUGCCAAGAUGCCUGAACAAGAAGCAAUUUAUCACAUGAAACGAUGUAUAGACUCAGGCCUGUGGGUGCCAGGUGGAGGUGAUGAUUCUGAAUCCUCUCCUACGACUGGCACAGAAACAGAAGAAAAUGCACCACCUUCGGUCAGCACUGAUGAUGUUGACUGAAAUUUAACUCAUGAACUACUCUAAUAUUAAAUGUAAGUUACAAUAAAAUAAUGAUUCAACUUCUAUGUUGGUCAUGAUAUGUUGAAUUGAGAAUAUGAACAAGAAAUGAGAAAGUCUUAGGUUGAUGUUUGGAAAUAAACAUGGAAUGAGUUUUAUUAAUUUAAAUCAAACAAUUUAUGGUGGCCAUUAUUGUUUUUUGUCUGUAUACUUUACCUAUUUCUUUAAUAUUAAAUAAGAGGCCUACAGAGGUUAAUUUUAAUUUACAAUAAGUUACUCUAUUUAAUACUAAUAACCUAAUAGAAAUAUGACAUGUGUACUAACUUGAUUUAUAUAUUAGUUUCUUACAUAACCAAUUUUAUAGACUGUACAACUAAAUCGGAAGUAGAGUUUUACAGCUACAUGUAAAAAUACGUACACAUAAGAACAAGCUUUUUAUUGAUUGUAGCAUCAAACCAAGUCAAUAAAUACUCUCUCAGGAGAUACAGUAUCAGCUAUAAA